AUGGACGAAGAUGCUGAGAUUUCCCAACAUUCGCUUGAAGAAGAUCCCGAUGUGACUCCUACGGUUUCGGCUGAUUCUGUUCUUGGUUCGAGCGGUGUUGGUCACGAGGGAUCGCAAGCCAUUGAUGAUGAUGAUGCUGCGGCUUCACCUAUGGAGCUUGAUUCGAUGGUCACUAAUGCCGAUGCCGACGGAGAUAGCCGUGCUAGGGUUUCUGAGAGUGAGAGAUCGGACAUGGAUCGUAUCGUCUCACGCGACGAAGAUGCUAUUAGUGAAACGAAACCCGAGAUUGAUAACGAGGAUGUAACUGAUACUCAGAUUGAUGACACUCCUGAGCUUAAAGAAGAUGUUUCCGAUGAUCAAUCUAGUGAGCUUGGCUCAGAAGCUGAUGAGAGGAAAUCGGAGGUGGAUGAUUUGAGUGAAGAUAAGCCAAGAGCCGUUACGGAUUACAAAUCUCUCUUGUCCGAGUUUGAUGACUAUGUUGCAAGCGAGAAAAUGGGUUCUGGAGUUUCAAGGGCAUUGAGUUAUGGGUUUGAAGUUGGCGAUUUGGUUUGGGGAAAGGUGAAGUCGCAUCCAUGGUGGCCAGGUCAUAUAUUCAAUGAAGCUUUUGCGUCUCCUUCUGUUCGUCGCAUGAGGAGGAUUGACCAUGUUCUUGUUGCGUUUUUCGGAGAUAGUAGUUAUGGGUGGUUUGAUCCUGCUGAGCUUAUUCCAUUUGAACCGCAUUUAGCAGAAAAAUCUCAGCAGACUGUUUCGAAGCAUUUUGUGAGGGCUGUGGAGGAAGCCAUUGAUGAGGCGAGUAGAAGGUCAGCUCUUGGCUUGACUUGUAAAUGUCGGAAUCCUUAUAACUUUAGGCCUACUAAUGUUCAAGAAUACUUUGCUGUUGAUGUGCCGGAUUAUGAGCUACAAGCCGUUUACUCUACUGAGCAGAUUGAGAAAUCUAGGGAUAAGUUUUCACCUGUCGAGACUCUCUCGUUUGUGAAGCAAUUGGCUGUAGCACCUCAAGAGUGUGAUUCAGAAAGUGUAGAGUUUUUCAAGAAGAGGGCAGUGGUUUAUGGUUUCCGCAAGGCAGUGUUCGAGGAGUUUGAUGAAACGUAUGCACAGGCCUUUGGGACGAAAUCUAUUCGCACUUCAGGGAGUACGCAUGAACCUCAUAAUAGAAAACCAUCUCGAGCUCCCUUGAGUGGCCCACUGGUCAUAGCAGAAACUCUAGGUGAUCCGAAGAGCUCUAAAAAACCCAGCAAGGUUAAGGUCUCUAAAAAACAAGACAAGUAUCUUGUCAGACAAAGGGAUGAGGCUGGUGAUAAGAUUGUUCAAUUUGGCCAAGUUGAAGCAAAUGCAGCAGAUUCUGAUAUGCAGAGCUUUGGUGGAUCUUCUGAUGGGGAUUUUGUGCUGCAGAGAAGAGCUCCAAUGCUUCAAACUCCAACGAGAGAUGAGCAGUCUGGGAAUGCCAGCAUGGAUAUCACCUCUUCAAGUGCAGAUAUUCCUGGUAAAGAUUCAAAGCUCUCUCUUGAUGAAGAAGCAGAAGAAUCAAAGGAGAAAAUGGAAGAAAAAACUGUUGUUUUUCCAGAGCAUGGGAAAUCUGAAGCUCUGGCGAGCCUUAAACAAGAGGCUGGAAGCUCUCUUGAGCCUCAACUUGAGUCUCCUCGAUGUUCUCAUAUCUCAGCAUCUGAGGGGAAAAGUUCCACAGGGUCUGCAAUCAAGAAAGUCAAAGUUACUAAACGAUCUUCAAGCGAAAUAGGCUCUGGGAAUCCUCCUUCAGAGCCGAAAAAGAAAAAGAAAAAGAAGAAUGAGCCAAACUCUGACCAUUCAGAAAAGAGAAAGUUUGCUGGAGCCAAGAAAUUUUCCUCCCAGCUUGGUUCAUCAGCACAGUUGCACUCCAAUAUGGAAGUUGAUGUGCCGCAGCUGUUGUGUCAUCUGCAAGAUCUCUCUCUUGACCCUUUCUAUGGUUCUUCAGUUCCUUCUUUUGGAGCCGCUAGGAAAUUCUUUCUCCGUUUCCGUUCACUUAAUUACCAGAAAAGCUUGGCUGUAUCUUCGUCUGAUGCUACUGCUGAAAAUGCCAAAGACACAAAACCCUUAAAACCUGUCAAAGCUGUGAACAGAACUGAAGGCCCAUCAAAAGCUGGAAAAAAACGUCUCUCUUCUGAUUGCCAAGAUGAAAUCCCAUCAGCUAAGAAGCUGAAGAAAUCUAAUCAGUUGAAGCCAAUGGCUUCUGAGAAGAAGACCAUUCGAGAAGUAAAGGAUAGUAUGAAAGCAGUAAGAGAGCACAGUGGUACGGUUCAAGCAAAAUCAGCCAAAGCUCACACUGGGAAGAAAACGGCUCCUUCAGUGAAGGUCGUUGAGCCCACAAUGCUGGUCAUGAAGUUUCCACCUGGCACAUCUCUUCCUUCAUCUGCAUUGCUAAAGGCGAGGUUUGGUCGCUUCGGGCUGUUAGAUCAAUCCGCCAUUAGGAUUUUCUGGAAAUCCUCGACCUGUCGAGUUGUCUUUCUGUACAAAGCCGACGCACAGACUGCUUUUCGGUAUGCAUCGGGAAACAACUCUCUAUUUGGAAACGUGAAUGUAAGGUACUUUCUCCGUGAUGUUGAUGCUCCUAAAGCUGAAGCUCAUGAACCAGAAAACGCAAAGGAAGAUGAGGAACCACAGAGCCAGUUGCAUGACCAAGCACCACCACUUCACAAACCAACCUUACCACCACCAAACAUUAACCUCAAAUCCUGCUUGAAGAAACCGGGCGAUGACCCAAGCAGUAGUAGCAACAACGGAAAUGGUAACCGUAGAACCGCAAGAGUUAAAUUCAUGUUAGGAGGUGAAGAAAACUCGAGUAAAGCAAAUGCCGAGCCACAAAUCUCGACGAGCUUGAGUAGAAACAAUGGACCUUCUUCUUCUUCAUCAUCAUCAUCUGUUGCAAUGGAAUAUGUUAGUAGUAAGAAGUUUCAAAAUGUUGUUCAUCAUCAACAGCUUCCUCCUUCAACAUUGCCUCCAAUUCUUCCUCUCCCUCCACAAUACUCAAAACCACAAGUUCCCACUAAACCAGUGGACCAUGUUGAACCACCGAUGCCACCUUCCAGAAAUUUCCGUGGCCCGAGCCAAGCGGCUGGUGCAGGAGACAUCUCUCACCAGAUGCUCAACCUUUUGUCAAAAUGCAACGACGUUGUGGCUAACGUCACGGGCUUGUUGGGCUAUGUUCCUUACCAUCCCUUGUGA